AUGGUGCCUCUUUCGCAACAGAAGCAGGUCAAGAAAGACAGCGUAUCACCAGCGCUAUGCCCGUCAUUCGAAGAUACUGUUUAUGCUGCUAUCCCUCGCGCGCUGUCACUGGUCCAGACGUACGCGAAACCAUUUGCCUCGUCCAAGGAAGCAGAACAGUACGUUGAAGGCGUGUUGGAGUGGAGAGGACUCCAUUAUGGAUUCGUCGCAAACGCUCCAAUCUCUUUCCAGAGCAGGGUUAGGAAUAGGAUACACUAUGAAGUGGCGAGAAGGGCUGUCGACGCAGGUAUCCUCCUGAUUGAUAGGUCUUUACAACAGCAGAUCCCGACGCAAAGAAACUACCAGAUGCCAGCAGUAGAUUCAAAAGAAACUAGGGAAAACAUCAAGCAACUCAAGGCGCUGAUCAAAGAAUGGCCCCCUUCAUUCGGUAGCCUACGAUCCGCCAGAAACUAUGCCCGCAGCAUCUGUAAGAAGAGCAACCUUCGCUUCACUCUACAUCGGGGAGUAAAACCUUCGAAAAUCCGAAACUUUGUGCUCAAUGCUAUCAUCCGCGAUGCCCACGAGGCUGGCUUCUUCCAAUUCGGCACUCACCCGGGGGGUCAUGGACUACACUCUGAAACUAAGAUCCAGCAUCGAGCCAUGGAGUCACGAGAGAGGAAGGUCAACUCUCCAUCGUCUGUACACUCGGGAAGCUCUGCUACGCUGACCGUCGACGAUUCGUUCCAGGUGCCUAGCACGCCCACACUUCUCGCAAAAAGAAAGACAGAGAAGGAUCUUGACGACGCCGGAGAAAAGGCUUUCAACACCAUCGACAUACGCGCGGAGAUUCUGGCUGCCCGAUUCGAACUGGCCGAGAGGAUGAUGUCUCGACUCGGACUCGAUCUUACAGACAGAAACACUCCCGACCUGGAGGGGCCAAUGGCGCCGCAGGCAGAGCAAAACGAUCCUGAGGUUGGCUUUACAUCUGGCGGGGAGAACAGCGCUUUCAAGGCAAGCUCCGCUUAG